GCAGGGUAUUUUUGUGUUGGGCUCGUUCUAGUAUUCCGCUAUUUGUAAAAAUUUGUUAUUUUUAUAUAUACUCCUUGAACCCAUAAUCGAUCUCACUUUCUGGCUGCUACAGAUCAAUCAUCCAUCGCCUGCUCCAGCUCCUGCUCCAAUUGCUUCAACUAGCCCUCUCUGCCUGUUUUGGUACCUCGAUAUAAUCCUUCUCCCUCAGGCAAAUUCCCACUCCGAGCCAACAGCACAGCACCACAUUCUGCUCCAGUUUUAUUUUUGGUUUUCCUCUUGUGUCAGAUUUUCUGUGUGCUAUAAAUAUCCAAUUCUAUCGUCCAAUUUAUUAUUAGAAAGCUCCCACUCCUGCUCAUAGCUUCAUCACUCCUCUCCUUCAUAUAUAUAUACUUUUCCUAAUCAUGGGAAGAAGAAAAAUUGCCAUCCAACCUAUCACUGACGAGCGCAACAGAACAGUGUAUGUAUCACCCAGCUAUUGUUUUAUAUUCUCCCUAUCUACCUUUCUACCAUUCUACCACGUCUUGAAACAACACACACCUUCCUUCUCUGCAUUUACUAUCUUAAGCUUAUCUUUUUAAAACGAAUCAUUGCAUACUAAUAACCACUUCUUUUAUCUUACUUUGACAUUAAUUCAAUUCAAUCCAAUUCAAAUUAUACUUGCGUCUAAUAUUGUUUGAAUUAAAUUGAAUUCAAUUAGAUUCUAAACUUUACCUGAUUGAUUCCAAUCCUUUGAAUAUUUUAUCUUGUAUUCUUGUUUUUUUUUCAUUUCAUUUGUUUUUUUUUUC